GAGGAUUAGUCAAAGUCAUAUUACCUUAUUUCCCAUAAUCAAUCUUUCAGAGAAGCAUCUUGUGAAGGAAAGGCCAUCAUUAGUUCAAGUAUCAUUUGAAAGAAAAUGGCAAAACAAAACAAGGAAUGGGUUGUGGGAAUCGACCUUGGCACAACAUAUUCGUGUGUUGCUGUAUGGCUAGAAGAACACUGUCGAGUGGAGAUCAUUCACAAUGACCAGGGCAAUAGAACUACGCCUUCUUGUGUGGCUUUCACAGAGAAUCAAAGAUUGAUUGGUGAUGCUGCUAAGAAUCAGGCUGCCAUGAACCCAACCAACACUCUCUUUGAUGUGAAAAGGUUAAUCGGCAGAAGAUAUAGUGAUCCCAUUAUUCAGGACGAUCUAAAGUUGUGGCCAUUUAAGGUCAUUGCUGAUUCUGAUGAAAAACCCAUGAUGGUUGUUUCAUACAAGGGUCAGGAGAAACAAAUCUCAGCUGAAGAAAUCUCAUCUAUGGUCCUUACAAAGAUGCGGGAGAUUGCAGAAGCGUACUUGGAAUCAGAGGUUAAGAAUGUUGUGGUUACCGUGCCUGCUUAUUUUAAUGAUUCUCAACGACAAGCAACGAAAGAUGCUGGUACCAUUGCUGGCCUCAAUGUUAUGCGGAUAAUCAAUGAGCCCACGGCUGCUGCUCUGGCAUAUGGCCUCGACAAGAGAGCUAAUUGCGUCGGAGAGCGGAAUAUUUUCAUUUUUGAUCUUGGUGGUGGAACAUUUGAUGUGUCUCUGCUAACAAUCAAAGGUGAUGUCUUUGAAGUGAAGGCCACUGCUGGUGACACACACCUUGGAGGAGAGGACAUGGAUAACAGAAUGGUGAAGUACUUUGUCAUUGCUGAUUCUGAUGAAAAACCCAUGAUGGUUGUUUCAUACAAGGGUCAGGAGAAACAAAUCUCAGCUGAAGAAAUCUCAUCUAUGGUCCUUACAAAGAUGCGGGAGAUUGCAGAAGCGUACUUGGAAUCAGAGGUUAAGAAUGUUGUGGUUACCGUGCCUGCUUAUUUUAAUGAUUCUCAACGACAAGCAACGAAAGAUGCUGGUACCAUUGCUGGCCUCAAUGUUAUGCGGAUAAUCAAUGAGCCCACGGCUGCUGCUCUGGCAUAUGGCCUCGACAAGAGAGCUAAUUGCGUCGGAGAGCGGAAUAUUUUCAUUUUUGAUCUUGGUGGUGGAACAUUUGAUGUGUCUCUGCUAACAAUCAAAGGUGAUGUCUUUGAAGUGAAGGCCACUGCUGGUGACACACACCUUGGAGGAGAGGACAUGGAUAACAGAAUGGUGAAGUACUUUGUUGAGGAGUGUCUUGUUGAUUCUAAGAUGGACAAGAGUGAUGUAGACGAUGUUGUACUGGUUGGUGGUUCUUCUAGGAUUCCCAAAGUACAGCAGCUAUUGCAAGACUACUUCAAGGGGAAAGAACUGUGCACGAGCAUCAACCCUGACGAGGCUGUUGCCUAUGGAGCAGCAGUUCAGGCUGCUUUGCUGACUGAAGGCAACAAAUUUGUCCCCAACUUAGUGCUAUUAGAUGUUACGCCGCUGUCACUCGGUAUAUGUCUAGAAGGAGAUCUCAUGAGUGUCCUGAUUCCUAGGAACACCACCAUUCCUGUUGUAAAAAAGGAAGAAUAUAAAACAGUCAAAGAUUUCCAAUCUGCUAUCUGUAUUGAGGUUCACGAGGGUGAAAGGACAAGAGCAAGCGAUAACAAUUUGCUUGGUUUCUUUAAUCUUAAUGGCAAUCCUAAUGCUCUUCGAGGCCAUCCUGUAACCGUAUGUUUCAGUAUAGAUGCUGAUGGUAUCCUAACUGUAAUUGCUGAGGAUGAAACCAUUGGAAGUAGGAAUUGGAUUACCGUAACCAACGAAAACGGAAAACUAUCAACUCAACAAAUUAUGAGAAUGAUUCAAGAAGGCGAGAAAUACAAGGCUGAAGACCAGAAGUACGAAAAGAAAGUUAAAGCAAUUAAUGCUUUGGAUGACUUCGUUUACAAGAUAAGGAAUGCUAUAGAUGAUGUAGAUAAUCCACAAGAGAAAACGAAGAUCAACAAGGCAAUUGCAGAGACCGAGAAAUUGCUUGAUGCUAGGGAGCAGACAGAAACAGAGGUUUUUGUGGAUCAUCUGCACAGGGUGAAGAGCCUCAUUGAACCCAUUAUGAAAGAUUAACUAGUUUGUUUCAAGUUUAUGUUGGUGAAAAAUGUAAAACUUUAUGAAGGAUGCUAUCUAAACAAUAUAUUAUUUCCAGUUUCAACUAUCAAUCCUUGAACACGUUUUUCUUCUACAUCUUGUUAAUGUGAAGGUGGAUAUGCCUAUAAUUAUGUGGGGUAUACAUUUCUUCAAUAUGGGUAAUUG